UCUCAUUGUGCAAAAUAAAAGGCUCUUUGUUCGUUAUUUUCUCUGCAUACUAGUCAUUGGGUCUAUCGUUCUCAUUUUCCAAUCUCCGUUUCUCGAAUCACUUUCCUUUCAUUCACAUUUCGCAGGGCGCUUCUUUCUCAUUGCUGGCAAAAUGGCAAAUGCAGCGUCCGGAAUGGCUGUGCAUGAUGAUUGCAAACUGAAGUUUCAAGAGCUUAAAUCAAAAAGGAGUUACAGGUAUAUUGUGUUUAAAAUUGAAGAACAGCAAGUGGUGGUUGAGAAAUUAGGAGGCCCCACGGCAAGUUAUGAGGACUUUAUGGCCUGUUUUCCACCAAAUGAAUGUCGUUAUGCUGUCUAUGAUUUUGACUUCACAACUAAUGAGAACUGCCAAAAAAGCAAGAUCUUCUUCGUUGCAUGGUCACCAGAUUCCUCAAAGGUGAGGAUGAAGAUGGUGUACGCAAGUUCUAAGGAUAGAUUCAAGAGGGAAUUGGAUGGCAUUCAAGUCGAUAUGCAAGCAACUGAUCCAAGUGAGAUGAGCUUGGACCUUGUUAAAGCACGAGCCAUGUAAUUGGCCUUCUUCAUCAUUGUUAUUAUCUCUUCUAUGUUAUGGAUUAAUUCCCAACUAUUUUGCAACCUUGGGAGCCAUCUUUCUUUGCCUAUUAUAGCUUGGAUUCAACAGCAAUCACAAAUCCAAAAUGACAUGCAUAUGCAUCAUUCUUCCAUGUACUCGACCCUUGUUCAGUUUUCUAGCGAUCUUGGAUUUCUGGCUUCUUUGAAAAGCCAUGUGUAGUGGUGGGUUCAAGAUCAGUAGCAUGCAUUUAUUAUAUAUCUUAAGUAGGUUGGUUAUUCUCAUACCAAGU